ACGUUGUGGCUGAUGUACGUACAUAGAAGGACAAUUACGAAGUAAUAUUGCAUUAAACACAUCGAAAUUUUAAAUACAGUACUUCGGUAAUGUACUGCGUUGAACACUGUAAUUAUUAAUAUUCGUUAUACCUUUAGUGAUAGAUUCAUACAGUUAUGUAUUACUUAAAGGUUAUGGUUUUUAAUUCUUAAGUGAACUAAUAACUUGCUGAAUAACAUAUUUUUGUUAAAUGUCGCUUUUCAUACCAAUAGAUCAAAAUUGGAAGGGAUGGGAUAAAAAAAUUGUAAUGACGCAAAAUACAGCAUCCUUUAAUUCGAGAAAUGUGCACGAAAAGAUUUCAUUGCCAAGUGGAAAGGAAAACAUUCAUUCCUCUACAAGAAGUAAAAAAUUAAAUGUUACAAGCAAGCUUAGCAAUAAAUCAUGUUGGAAAAGCGCCUGCUCAUCCUUGGAUGGAAAUUUAAAUGUUGAAGUAACUGAUAGCAGUCGUGCGAUUGCUGGCAGCACGAUCAAAGGAACAGGAUUCCAGAUUUUCAACGAUGAUGUUAAUAAUAAUGUUUCCAUAACGUUAAAACGGUGUAGCAAGACAAAGAGCAUGGCUAGAGUGUUUCCUAAUGAUGAUAAUAAUAUUACACAGUUUGCUGCAAGGAGUACCAAUGCACAAAGAUAUGUUUAAGUACGCAAAAACUCAGAAAUUCCCAACACAAAAGUGUCUAAUGUUUCAAAAUUUUUUCUAAAUUAUAAAAAGUGAAUUAAAUAUGUUAUUUGCAAGUGUUGGG